AUGGCAAUAAAACAGCGCAACGUCCGCAUUAUCAUCGUCGAUCACUCGGCGGCUGCCACGGCGAAAAUCCUCUGUGCAGCCUUCCACCUUAACAUGCUGGCCGAGAAGGGCUAUGUGUGGUUCCUUAGUCCCUGGAUUGAUAAAACAGCGUGGGAUUCGCCAGAGAUAAUACCACCCGAAUGCUCCGUCCACGACCUCAAACUCAUGCAUAAAUUCUCAUUUUCACUUUCUCAAGCUGUCGCCUACUCCGCUCCAUCCAUUGGUUAUAAUCGGUCUCUUGAGAACUUUGGCAAACCGGUGCGUCAAUCGGAACAGCGUAAACUCUACGAGCAGUGCGCAUAUGAAUCUGUCCUUGUCCUCGGCAGUGCUGUUGCUCGGCUUCUUCGCGAAAAUCCAUCCGCUCUUUCCAUAUUGAACCAUCCCAAGAUGGCCGAUUGGGAAACUUGGACUCAGCCUUCCUCUUCUCUUUUGUUGUCCCAUGAUAGGCGACUUCGGACAUUGGUAUCAGAGACCCAAAUGGAGUACAUUAGCCACGGUGGGUACAAGGACAAGAACGCCGUAUCCUUUUUCACUAACCCAGUCGAUGUAUUGAAGGAGACCCUGGUGUAUCGAUUUGGUACGACCCCUCCCAGACCCACUCUGCAGCCUCAAAUCCCCAUUCCACAGAUGGGAAACGGUGAAGAGGAAGAUAGAAAUGAUCCACACAACUCUGGUCAAAAGAUUCAUCAACUCAGUUUCGAUGCACACAAUGAUCGUCUCCUUAAUUCCUGGGUAGUGAAACAGUACAAAGACAUUGGUACCACGGUGCCUAUCAUACUCUGGUCUCUUGGCGAUAAAGAAAAUGCUGUAGGUUUUCUUUUUAUAAAACUCGUUUCUAUUGGCCGAGGCUACUUUUAA